AGGAUCGAUGCCUAUAAAAGCGGCAACAUCAAAGAAUCGCGUUGCAGUGCAUCUUUGGAUUUCUGAUAAUCCUACGAUGGCUACUCUUAUCUGGAACGUUCUUGGCUUUCUCUUAUUGUCUACUACGAUCAUUUCUGGAUUACCUGCACCUGAUGAAUCGAAAAUUACCGCCGAUACUAAUGAGGAAAAUUCAACGUUGUCAUUGGAUCUUGUGCCUCCGAUGAUAAAAGAUGACGAGGAUAAGAAUAUUACGUUGUUUAUUAUAAAUCUUUACGCUGUACGAAAUCAUUCGGGAGAAGGAUCGGAAGAAGUGCUCGAUAAUAGUCUCAUGGAAAAAAUGCCAGAUAUAAUAGGUCCCUUAGCAACGAUAUUUCUAGUCGUAGAGGAGGGAGAAGAUGAGAAACCUGUCGAUCUCGACGAGAUGGCAAAGUACAUGGAAGAACACGGAUUCAAAAUGGAUAAAAUCGAGGAGAGUGGUGAAACGAGUGUUCUGAGGACAGAAGUAGCAGACAAAGAGAUAGAUAACGUAAAGGAGAUAUUGGAAUCCACGGCAGAAAAUUCAUCAUCAGAAAAAUUAUCAAAAUCUAAGAAAUAUAGAGCGAGAAGGAUGGCUUGUCAUAAGUGUCACGGAGGCGGAGGUGGUGGUGGCGGCAAGGGUGGCGGUGGAGGUUACGGUGGAGGACAAACGAUUGGUGUUAUACCGGUAUAUGUGGUACCUGUUGCGGUUCAACAACAACCGCAGAGACCUCAGUAUCAACCUCCACCUCAACAAUACCAUCCUCAGCCGGUGUGCGAUCCGUGUCAAGGACGCGGUGGUGGUGGAGGCGGUGGAGGUGGCGGUGGUGGUGCUUGGGCACAUGCGAGUGCUCAAGCCAGUGCUGGAAGCUGGUGAAUAAUUAUUUGAAUAAUCUACUCGCAACAAGAAUCUUCAAGAAAAUUGAAUAUUUUCUUUCGUAGAUAUUAUUGACGAAAGAGAGAAAGAAAAAAAAAAGAAUUGUUAAAUUAGCCUUGAAAACUGCCUAACAUUAAUCACGAUUUAUUAACUAGGUUAUUUCCUAUAGUAGAGAUAAAAAAAAGCUUAACCUGUUAAUUAUCCACUUUAAGUGUAAUUAAAAAUAAGUAGGUAAUGAUAAGUUGACUCGACUUGGUCGCAUGGUCCAAAGGAAAUAUGAAUGCAACAACGUAUUACAAUUAUGUGAAUUAUGUGAUUAGAAAUUGGGUCUUUAGUUAAAUUAUAAAAAGAUGAAAUUGCGGUAUUGUCGUAUGUCGAAGUGGAAAUGAAUUUGAUUUUAUUUAUUUAUAAUUUUAUGUAUCAUCGAUGUUCUUCGUUUUUCUUUUGUAUUAGUAAAAUAUUUAAUAGCUGUCGAUAGCACAAGAGAAGAGGAGGGAAUAUUUUUAUGAAAUGAUCGGCGCAUGGAAAAAACGGAUAAACAGGUUUAGAUUAAUUAUGUUCCUCGCGAUAUUCCGCAUAUAUCUGAAAUUUCCUAGAAUAAUGGACUGUGACUUAAUCGGCUCUACUCGCAAAGCAGAAUGAAGUUGCAUCGUUCUAAUAAAUGCCACAUUGUAAUUUGUAUAAUACCACAUUAAACGUUACUACCUAACCACAA